AUGGAUGACGAUAUGGAUAUAGAUGUGGUUGCUGACGAGAAUGGUCAACAGAUACAAAAUUCCGCACCAAGUGCUACGAAUCGAGCGAUGGAUGUACCGCUUGAAGAGGACGAUGAUCAUACCUAUAGUGGUUCAUCGAAUGGAUCGUCAUAUGGUGAAGAUGAAGAUGGUGUAACAAUGGUUGAGUUUAAGAAGAAGAACUUCAACGCGACUCCUGCUGUACGUGCUGCUCCCGUUGAGUUACCAACUAAUACAGAUCUGAGAGUGAAAGUGAACAAACUAUUUUGGAAAUGGAUAGAAGGUGGAGAUGAUACGUGUGGAAUAUGCCGAAUGGCUUUCGAGGCAUGUUGUGUUGACUGUAAAUGUCCAGGUGACGAGUGCCCUCUGGUUCUCGGUCAAUGCAAACAUCCUUUUCACAUGCAUUGUAUUGUGAAGUGGACCGAUGCACAGAAUACUCCUAAGCCACAAUGUCCAUUGUGUAGACAGGAGUGGAAGUUCGCCGAGUAG